AUGGUAAGUGCAAUUGAAACAGUAAAAUCAAAGAUAAUCGAUCAUUAUCAUGUCGAUGACCAGGUUGUAAAAUCAACUUAUGACGAAGCAGUACAAUUAGAUCAUCGUAUUGCAACGUUGACCGAUUUGACUCAAUUGAAUUCAAUUAAUAAUAAAGUAACAAAAAAUUUUGAUUCUAUUAAUAUGAAGGAUGUAUUUAUAUCCAUCAAUUCUAAUAUCAGAUUAAUGCAUGAAAUUAUCACAGAAAAACGACGAGUUGAAGAAAUUGAACUAAUUAGUCAAAUCAAAAAUGAUUUUAAUUCAUUUACAAAUGAACAUCAAAUUAUAUUAUCCGAGAACAGUGAUAUUGAUGAUGAUGAUUGA